UAGAUAUCACUGACACGACCCAGUUGCCCAAGCAUAGGCAAGGCAUGUUGCAUAUCUGAAAUAUCUACAUAGAGAGAAGUCAUGGGACCUAGAGACAUCUAUACAAAGACAGCUGCAGGAAUAUGGAGUUCUAGAAAUGAUAUUAAGUGCCUUUUUUGAGGUAGCUUAGGUGAUCCUCAAAUAAUGUUUAAGCCCACUGGGAAAUAAUGAGUGAUAAAUGGAAUAUGAAGCAGCACUUCAAUCUUACCAAGAAAAAAAAAUGUUUCUGUUAUGUCCAUCAUUCUUGCUCCUUCUUGCUCCUGAGUGGUGCAGUAUUUUCUGUGGCAAAACCCACAGCCGGUGCUCAGGUCCUGUGAACUCUGAAAUUUAAAUAUUACUGUUUAUCCUUUUUGUUGCCUUUGAUUUGAUCAAGAAAAGAGUCUUAAAAAAGCCCUUCUGAAGUUUAGGGGGGGAAAUCCUCUGUUGGGGCUUGAGAUCUCCCACCCGAUGGAAGCUAGAUGCUAAAACUCCCUCAUAGAGAAUGCAGAGGUAAUGCCACAACGUGGACCCUUCCAGAACUCACUGCCAGCAGCCCCAAGCACAGAAUGAGGGCUGAAUCCAGCAUCACUUAUAGCACAGGGAGCAUCUGCCUCCAAAAUUACCCUACAAGAGCAGCCGAUGCUCCAGCUCUGCACGUUUUUGCUGAAGUUCGAAGAGGUGGGUCCAAAACCCCAAAAGGGGAUGCUGGAAUGCGUCCCUCCCUCCACCUGACCCCACGUAGCACGAAACGUUGCAAUUGUCGGGUCUCCCAAAAAAGGAGCCGGUGGUCGGGAAGGGAGGUACAAGGAGCUCCGGGGCGGGUCUUGGGCAGGUGUGGGCGGGCUGAGAAGCAUUUAGCAGCCCCGGCAGAGGGAGAAGAGGGGAGGAUGCUGCAGAGGAUGCGAAGUUUGUGCUGGUUGCUGCUGCUGCCUCUGGUUGUGGGAAUCCAUCCAGAAUGCAAGAUAUUCCAGCAGGUGAUGAAAGAAGAGGCACUCUGCUUAGAAAGGAACGAAUCUGUUUCACCUGAUCUUAAAGGAUGCGCCAGAGAUUGGGAUGGUCUAAGCUGUUGGCCCAGAGCUACUUUAGGGGAAAUAGUUGAAAUUCCUUGUCCAAGAUUUUUUGAAGAAAUCACCAAUAUCCAUGGCUUCCUUCAGAGAAACUGCACACAGGAGGCAUAUUGGUCAGAACCAUUCCCAUCAUAUGCUGUUGCCUGUGGAUUUGAUGAAGGUUCCAGCAAAGGUCCUGAGGAUCAGAAAUCAUAUUAUUCUGCAUUUUGGCGUGUCUACACUGCUGGCUAUGCAGCAUCAGUGACUUCACUCAUUACAGCUCUAAUUGUCUUUGCUGCCUUCAGAAAAUUCCAUUGUACACGGAAUUACAUCCAUAUGCACCUGUUUGUCUCCUUUAUCCUGAGAGCAAUUGCUGUUUUCACCAAAGAUGCCGUUUUGUUUGCAGAUGAAACUAUGGACCACUGCCUGAUGUCAACGGUAGCUUGUAAGGCUGCAGUGGCAUUCUUCCAGUUCAGUAUUUUAGCCAAUUUCUUCUGGCUUCUUAUUGAAGGAAUAUACCUUCAGACACUGCUUUUGCUGACCUUUGUUUCAGACAAGCAAUACGUAUGGUGGUUCAUCUUUGCUGGCUGGGGAGCUCCCACUGCUGUGAUGCUUACUUGGGUCCUCACAAGACUCCAUCAACAAAACACAGGAUGUUGGGAUGAUGAUGAAAAUGGAGUGGUGUUAUGGAUCAUCAAGGGCCCCAUUCUGUUAACUGUACUGAUUAACUUCAUUAUAUUUAUUAAUGUCAUCAGAAUUCUAGUCCAUAAAUUGAAAUCUCAAGAGGGAGGGGGGAGCAAUUCAAGCCACUUUGUGAGACUUGCUAAAUCUACGUUACUCUUGAUCCCACUCUUUGGAGUGCACUACAUCGUAUUUGCAUUUUUCCCAGAGAGCACUGGUUUGGAAGCUCGACUUUACAUUGAGCUAGGCUUGGGUUCCUUUCAGGGCUUUUUUGUUGCACUACUAUAUUGCUUCUCAAAUGCGGAGGUUCAAAGUGAACUCAAGAAGCAGCUGUGCAAAUGGCAGUAUCAAGAAUACCUGAGCUUCACACACAAACAUGGGACUGUGUCCAGAGAAAACAGUCCAGUCAACUAUGUCACUCAGUUAUCACUGCUUGAAAAAAUCAGUCCAAAAAGGAAAACACGUGCCUAUCAGAACGGCGUAACUUCUGUCUGAACUUAUCUAGCAGGCGGAGUUGCUGUGAAUGCACUAAGGCAUGGCCAAUUUGGAUUCUUUGCGGCUUUCAAAGAUUCAAACAGUCACAGAAUAACUUGGAUUGGACUUUAAAUAUCAUCUAGUUCCAAUUCCCUUGCCAUGAGGUCAUUGCAAGCCACCAGAUUAGGCUGCCCAAGGCCCCAUCAAACCUGGCCUUGAGCAUCUCCAUGGGUGGGGCACUCUCUGGGCAGCA